AUGGACGCUGAAUAUCGAAGGAAUAAAGUUUUACUAUUGGGGAAGACCCGCGUGGCAGAAGCUAGCGACAGACGAAUCAACGAGUCACGGCGAGCCUAUCAGCUACGUUCCAAGUAUCCAGGAAUUUCCCAUCUUCUUCUUCUCCGCCUUUCAGCGACACUCGCUCGAGACGGCCGUCCAGAACCGUCCAGAUUCAGUGGACGAAUAGUGUUGGUGAGCAGCGUACUCGGUAGGGUUUCACUACCGGGAGCAGCGCCAUACGCCGUUUCUAAGUUUGCUGUUACUGCUUUUGGCGACGCUUUGCGACUAGAGCUAAAACCGUUUGGAGUAGAUGUCAUAAUCAUCGAACCAGGUUUUUUCCGUACAAACAUUGUUGAUUCGCAAAGACUUGGUGCAGCAGUAGAAGAAGUAUGGAAAAGAGGAACUAAACAAGUUCAAAAUGAGUAUGGCGUAGAAUUUUUUAAAUCUUAUAAAUCGCAGUUGAUGAGAUGGCUACGAAGGUCUUCAAAACGAAUCGACUGGGUAGUUGAUGCGAUGUUUCAUGCAAUAUUGGCAAAGUACCCUCGGCUACGGUACAUUGUCGGUUAUGAUGCCAUUUUCAAGUACAUUCCGUCAACGUUUAUGCCCACAGCUCUUCAAGAUGCUGCAAUACAACAUUUUGCAAACCUCGAGAGAGGAAAACUACCUUUUCCAAAUGCAGUUAAAGAUAAAUAG